GGAUGCGAGAUUACGUCAACGGUCUUGUGAUUAUCUUGGAUUACAGAGAUGUCAACGUUAUGGAGUAUUUAACAGCGAUUGAUUUUACUGAAGUUCAUUCAUUUAUUACUAUAUUAGUGCAUGGCUAUGGCAUGAGAAUAAAGAAUAUACACGCUAUAACGUCAUCAAAAAGGUUGAAAGCAAUCGUCGAUAUACUGAAGAAAAUGUUUGGGCCGAAGAUGGCAAGUCGAUUCCAAAUACAUGAUGACGUAAAAACAUUGCAUGAGUAUGUGCCAAAGAAUAUCUUGCCUUCUGAAUUGGGCGGAGAAGAAAGGUCUAUAGUUACAUUAUUUGAGGAAUGGAGAGAUGUUUUAAGUAAUGAAUCAAAUAAACAGUUCUUUAAGGAAAUGAGCAGAGCAGUAUCCAAUGAGUCCAGCAGGAUGAAAGAGAAAUUAAGUGGAAUGGAUCUUGGUUUAGCAGGAAGCUUCAGGUCUUUGAGUGUGGAUUAAAAUUUACUUUGAAAAAUAUGUCAGAUAAAAUAUAAAGCAGUUAAUAGAUGGAAUAUAUU